UUCCAACAUCUACCAACAUCCCACUCCAACCUCCCCUCCUCCCUAUUUCACUCCACAAAACAAUAUACAAUACAAACACGAUGUCUCGCACCAUCUACCUAGCUAUAUUCUCCAACGGCCCCAAACCAGCCCACCAAGCUAUCUUCAUCCCUACCGGCGACGCAGAUACAGGCAAGAGGGGCAAGGUAAUCCACGUAACCGGAAACCCCGCCACGGGCUUCUUCCUCGAAUUCAAGCGAAACUACGACUUUGAGUUCGAGGAUCGGAAGUACCAGGUCAUUACACUUGCACAGGUCAAUGCCCGGUACAUCAGAGAUACUGUUGGAAACGGACAGCAGUCUACUGAUACGAUUGCUCGUGAUCGGCUGGAGUCGGUUGCGACGAUUGUGUCGCCUCCGGGACCUAGUGCCAAUCCUUUUGAUUCAUUGGCAUUGAACUGCCAGAACUGGAUGAGAGACUAUGUCGAGAAACUUAUCGCCGAGGGCCUGGUCCUGAGUAGUGCUGACUUGGUUGUGGAGAGCGCCCCGAGACUGCUGUGAACAUAUCCAGAGAUGCGAGGCAACAUACCAAUUUGUGUUAACCGGUCUAGUGAAUAUCUCACGAGUGAUGGAAGUUUCUGUAAUUAAGUACUAAUCAGUGGCGGCUGCGAGGAAAAAUGUCUAACAGUGCGUAAGUAAUGACUUCAGGUCCCA